AUGUCACAUCAAAAACUGCACUCAAGGGAAAAAUCAUUAAUAGGUUUGGAGUGUAGCAAGAACCCAAAGCAGAAGAUACACCAGAUUAACUAUGAAGCAGGACAUACAGGGAAGAAUCUUUUGAAAAGCUUGGAAUGUGGAAAGAGUUUCAGUGAGGAUAUAAGCCUUAUUCAUCACCAAAAAACUCACACAGGAGACAAGCCAUUUCCGUGCUUGCAAUACAGAGAACAGUUCCAUCAGAAGUCAUACUUAACUCGUCAUCAAUUAAGUCUUACAGGAGAGAAACCAUUUAAAUGCAAAGAAUGUGGAAGGAGUUUCAGUCAAAAGAGUACCCUUGGUCAUCAUCAGUUAGAUCAUUCAGGGGAGAAAAUAUUUCAAUGCUUGGAGUGUGGAAAGACAUUUAGUCAGAAGGCUGACCUCUCAGGUCACAAGACAACGCAUACAGGGGAGAAACCGUUUCAGUGCUUCCAAUAUGAAAAGAUGUUCAGUCAGAAGGCAAACCUCUCACGUCAUGAGACGACGCAUAGAGAUGGCAAAUGUGGAAAGAGCCUCAGCCAGAAAAGAAACUUCAUUCAUUCAUCAAUUCACCCAGGAGAGAAGAGACUGAAAUGCCUGGAAUGUGGAAAGAAAUUCAAUCAGAAGUCAUGCUUAACUCAUCAUGAAUUAACACACACAAGGGAGAAACCAUAUCAGUGCUUGCAGUGUGGAAAGAGGUUCAGUUGGAAGUCAGACUUCACACGUCAUGAAUUAACUCACACAUGGGAGAAACCAUUUCAGUGCUUGGAGUGUGGAAAGAGGUUCAAUCGAAAGAGUCACCUCUCACGUCAUGAAUUAACUCACACAGGGGGGAAGCCAUUUCAGUGCUUGCAGUGUGGAAUGAGGUUCAAUUUGAAGUCAGACUUCUCACGUCAUGAAUUAACUCACACAGAGGAGAAACCAUUUGAAUGCUUGGAGUGUGGAAAGAGGUUCAGUUGGAAGAGUAAACUUGUUCGUCAUCAAUUAACUCACACAGGGAAAAAACCAUUUAAAUGCCUGGAAUGUGGAAACAAAUUCAAUCGAAAGGAUAACCUUUCUACUCAUCAAAUAAUUCACUUGGAGAAGAAACCAUUUAAAUGCCAGGAAUGUGGAAAGAGUUUCAGUCAGAAGAGGAGCCUUAACCAUCAUCAAUUACCAUACAAAGAGUAG